AAACUUGAAGUGACUGUCGCGUUAUAGGCAUUUAUGCUGCACGAUAAUAGCUGUGCUAACUGUGGUAGCCUCUCUGAAUGAGGCCAUGCUAACUUUAGCUGAUAACAGUUUGAGCAGUAGUUCCACCAGCGUGCGUGACAGCUGAUAAAUCUGCAUUAUUUCGGUCGGAGAUGUUGCCUGACUUACACCAUUUUAACACAUUAACACACAUGCCGCCAUAUGAACACAGUUAGAGGCAACGUUGCUGUAAACCUUAACUAUCUUAAAUGGUUCUAAGUUAGAUGUUGUAAUGAUGGUGGUGAUGGUGGCAGUCCCGGCGGUUCUGGGAGUAGCCUCCAUCCGUGUGUACACUGUGAGCGAAGCGCCGGCUGAUGGAUUGAUAACUCGAGAAAAGAUGAACAUCUACACCCCACUGCCACAGUCUGCUCAGGUUCGGUUUGUUCCAGAGAGGCCUGGUGCUAUUGAGAGUGGGUUUACCACAGUUAGAGAGAGCAUACUACCAUUUGUCCAGGCAGUAAAGGGUGCCUGUGUCUCAGUAAGAAGGGGGAGUGUUAAUCUUUAUCAUGCAGGAGAGGAUGUGUACUAUUAUUUGAAAGACCCUCCCCCAGGUUUUAUACCCAGAGUUGCCACCAUUACUAUGGCUGGCUUGCUUGGCAUGUUCUUGGCACGGAAAGGCUCCCGUUUCAAGAGGUUAGUACUUCCACUGGGCCUGAUGAGUGCAGGAGUGUCAGUGUGCUACCCCGCCCAAGCAAUAACUGUGUUAAAGGUGACAGGUAAGAAGGUGUACGCCGCAGGGCAGUGGAGCAGUGCCGCAGGGUCGUCACUGCUCAGCUCCGUGCCCCAGGAGCCCGGUGCCAAAGAGUCAGCUCCGGUGCCAAAACCCGAGUCUGCAGUGGUCUGGGAGGCCUCAGGGCCCGGCUCAGCCCAGAGAGCUGCAGUCCCAGAGGCAGAGGUGAAAUCAGCCGAGUCUGUUCCUGUGUCUGAUGAGCCUAUUGUCACUGUCACAACAGAGGAGGCGUCAUCAGUAACGCUGUCAGAGCUCUCCCCCGUCCAGCCCCCAACAGAGACCAGCACAGAUCCAGUGGCACAUUCAUUGCCAACAGAGACCACUACAACCUCUGAGAAUCUGCCCACCCCUGCUGAAUUUGAAGCACCCUCAGAGGCAAAGCAGUCACCUGAAGCCAACUUGAGCUUAGAGCCAAAGACGGCAGCGUCUGUUCCAGGCGAGCCUGCUCCUGCUCCAAAGCUCUCAGAUGGCUCUGGUUUCAAGCCAGAGCCUUCUCUGAUGGACUUUGGCCAGUCCAGCCCCGAGGAUGAAGACCUGUACAGCACACGCAGCUGAGAACCCACGGCCAACACCAGGAGAAGCCUCGUUCCCACACUGCCAUCUCACAUUUCAUCCAGACUGACAAACACACUAUCAUAAAUGCCAUGUAAAUAGGCCAUUUUGCAAGCAUAGUUAGGAAGUCUUUGAUCAGCACUUUCUGUUCUCAGCUCUUCUGCCCACAUAUUUUAUAUUUCCACAGAAACAGCCAAGUACGUCUGCAUUGUAGCAGCAGGGCAGUGGAUUCCAGUACAUGUAACUGAGUUGGUUUGCGUAGGAUGAUGAGCACCUGGAAAAAAAUACACCCACAACUAUUAACCACAACUAUUAACAAGUCUGUAAUUGACAGAUUGUGAAGAUUUUCUGUCUUUGUGUAAUUUAACAAUUACUGUUUUUGUGCAGCAGCUUUCGCUGUCAUGAGUGCACGGUGCUUUUAUUUAUUGUAAUCUAACCCACUGCACUGGUAAAGUAAAAGUAUUGCUGGUAAUGAUUGCAAGACAGACUAGUGCUGUUCCUUUUUAUUACAUCAAAGUUGUCUUCAGUUGUUGAUUUAAGAACCCAGAAUAAAGCUAUAUUUUUCA